UACAUUCGCCAUUCUCCUAACUACAUUCACCCUAACCUUCCAGUUCUUGGCAAGAAGCUUCGAAAUACUCCGCAGCAGGCUACUGGAAAAGCCAUUCUCUUUAGCUUUCCCUUUUGUUUUCCUUGCCAAAUCCUCAGAAUCAAUCUCAACUUCCACUUUUUUCACUCCCAUCUCCCAAGCUAUUUCAAGACUCCGUUUAACUCCCCACACCUCUGCUUCAUAAACACCACAAGAGCCAACUUGCUCUGCAAAGUCAUAGAUCCAUCUGCCCAUGUCAUCUCAAAAAACCCCUCCACAGCCAGAAGGACAGGGAUUUCCUCUGCAAGCACCAUCGGAGUUGAUCUUCACUCAUCCUUUCGCCGGCCUUUGCCAACGCAAAACGCUGAAUUCUCUCAGCACGAGAUCUAGCAUCAGAGAGGUCAGAACGAAACAAUCUAGCGUUUCUCUGUUUCCACAAAACCCAGCAAGUGACGCCAAAAAUCAAGCCCCGAGGUGUCGCUCCUUGAAUGCUCCUCGUGGCCAGAAGUGAAUUGUGUCUUUAUUUGAGACCCAGUGAGUCUGAGCUACUGUUUCUAAUGGCCGCCAUAUCAGUACUAUGAUAUAUCCAAUAUAUCUUUUCGAUUCUGAUGCAAUAUAAUAACUCUUUGACGACCACCAUCCUCACUAUCUUCCAAUUUUAGACACUUGGCAAUAAAUUCUUCAAUAAUAGAGUUGUACGUUAAAGCAAGCAAAUCCCCUUUGAUGAAGACCGCCAUAAGUAUUCAUAUAUGUGUGUAUAUGUAUGUAUAUAGGUAUUUGCCUCUGAAGGAAGCUUGAGUUAUAAAACCAAGAAGGCUUGAAUCUUCAAAGACAUUAUAUAUUCAUCCUGCUCUGCCCUAAAAUCAGAUCAUCAUCAGAAGAAGAAGGAAAGAUAAAAGAGGAUGGACUCAAAUGGCCAUGAUAAUAAUACCCAGAAGCUUCAUGUUGUUUGUUUGCCAUUCCCAGCACAAGGCCAUGUAAACCCUUUCAUGCAGUUAGCCAAACUACUUCAUUCGAAUGGCCUUCACGUAACCUUUGUCAACUCUGAGUUCAACCACAAACGCUUAGCCAAAUCCCUCGGUCCAGAUUUCGUUAAGGGCUUACCGGACUUCAGGUUCAUGACCAUACCGGACGGUUUACCGCCGUCGGAGAUGGAUGCUACUCAGGAUAUUCCGGCACUGUGUGAUUCAACAAGGAAGAACUGUUACAGUCCGUUCAAGGAGUUGAUAGGGAAGCUGCAGAACUCAUCAUUAUGGUCACCGGAAGUUCCUCCGGUGAGCUGUAUCAUCGUUGAUGCGAACAUGACCUUUGCUGCAAAAGUUGCAGGUGAAUUUGGAAUACCAGAGAUUAGGUUUUGGACGGCCUCAGCAUGUGGCAUGUUAGGAUACUUGCAGUUCGAUGAGCUUGUUAGAAGAGGCAUUGUCCCAUUCAAAGAUGAAAGUUUCAAGAUUGAUGGCACCUUGGACACAACAUUAGAUUGGGUCCCAGGAAUAAAAAAUAUUCAACUAAAAGACCUUCCAAGCUUUAUAAGAACCACAAGCCUAGACGAUAUCAUGUUUGAUUUCUUAGGUUCAAUCACAAAAGAUUGCAUGAAAUCAUCUUCCAUUAUUAUCAACACAUUCCAAGAAUUGGAAAGUGAAGUUCUUGAAGUCAUCAAGGCUAACAACCCUGAUAUAUACGACAUUGGCCCACUUCACUCUCUCAGCAGACAUUUCAUUAAUCAAGAGAUCAAGGAAAAUGGCUUCGAGUCAAUAAAUGGAUCAUUAAGUCUAUGGGAAACCGACUCAGAAUGUAUCAAAUGGCUAGGUAAGUGGGAACAAAGCUCAGUGAUCUAUGUCAAUUAUGGGAGUAUAACUGUAAUGACUAAAAAACACUUGAAAGAAUUUGCAUGGGGUUUAGCAGAGAGCAAGCAUCCAUUUUUGUGGAUAGUGAGGCCUGAUCUGGUAAAAAGUACUGAGAGUGAAGAGACUCCAAACUUGCCUCAAGAAUUCUUAGAUGAGAUCAAAGAUAGAGGAUAUAUAACAAGUUGGUGCCCUCAAGAACAAGUGUUGGCUCAUCCUUCAGUUGGGAUCUUUUUGACACAUUGUGGUUGGAAUUCUACAUUGGAAAGUAUAAGCCAAGGUGUGCCUAUGAUUUGUUGGCCUUUCUUUGCUGAGCAGCAGACAAAUUGUUGGUUUGCUUGCAAUACUUGGUGGAUGGGGAUGAAGAUGAAGCAAGAUAUAGAGAGAGAAGAAAUAGCUAAUAUUGUGAAUGAUGUAAUGGAUGGAGAUAAGGGGAAGGAAAUGAGGAAAAAGGGUUUGGAGUGGAAGGAGAAAGCAAGGCAAGUUACUGAUGUAGCAGGGUCGUCUUACAAAGAUUUCAAAAGGUUAAUGAAGGAGAGGUUUUCCAUUACUAUUGGUAACUGAAUGAAGGAAACAGUGUUGUGUAUUUAAAGAAGUUAGUUUGAUAGCAUGUUAGAAGGUGAUAACAUGCUAGAAUGUGUUCAAUAUGGAGGAUAUAUUCUCUUAAGGUCUCAUUCCUUAUUAUCUGUGUGGCUUAUCUCUUU